CAUAUUUGGGUUACACAUUCACACACUCGCACACGUACACACGCCCUCUCUCUUUCUCACACAUACACACACGCUCCCUCGGUCACACACUUCCAGGAGGUGGGGGCACAAAGCCACAGAGCUAUUAGCUCUGCUGCAGCAGACGUCGUCGUGCUAGUGGAGGGGAGACGGUUCCACCGGCUAAAGCGGGCGCAGGAAGCCCCAACACGGAGAGCCAUACACUUCACUGCCCGUUACAGCGCACAGGAAUGGUGAGAGCAGUUGGAGCCAGGCAGAUGCAGAAGUGGACAGACAGAGUGGGAAUCACACACGGUCCCCUCAGAAUUCAGACCAGUCACUGUGCUAACAACUGGACCCGGCUCUUCAACUAAGCAGGAGCAUCCCACCCAGUCACUUGCCUACUCUGAUUUCAGGCCGAGCUGGAAGUCUGAGAACACGUGCUGUGGUGGAUUGUAAGGACCCCCAUGGGCUGCUGCACAUGCUGACAAACUGGAGGGAGAACACAGGAGCUGAACUGAAUGAGGGAGGGGAGAGAGACAUAUCCAGAGACAUAUCCAGAGUGCGAGAGAGAGGGAGGGAGAGAAGAACAGGGAAAACAGCCAGCCAGUAGCCAGUAGGGCAGAAGAGUUGCUUUAAAAGACUUCACUACCCUUUCUGGACACCAAUAAGGGAAAGCAUCAAGGACCUGCAGGCUUUCUAGACAUUACGGUUUCUGCUACAGUCCUGGAGCCUUGCUUUCAGAGGGACAUGAUUCCGCAUGAACCACAAGCACAGCUCUUUUGUGGCAGGCAUGUGUUCAGUUGCUUUCGCCUGAGAUCUGCGUCCAUCCAGCCCUAAACGGAGUAGCAAAGCCCUUUUCAACCACCACUCUUCUCUCUACCCCCAUCCCAAUCACCUCCAACAGCAUCGGCCGACCAGUGGGUGGGCACUCUGUGUCAAAGAGACAUACAGAGACAACAAGAGAGAGGGACAGAGGGAAAGGUAGAGAGAGAGAGAUUAACAGGGAGAAACAACUGGAAAGAGAGUCCAGCAGCCACAUACACCAUGAAGCCCACCCAGGAGCGGAGCAAUGAGUGCCUGCCCCCAAAGAAACGUGAGAUCCCAGCCAGCACCCUGCCCUCGGAUGAGAGGCCUGUGAUGAUGGCGCCAGCAAGCGAAAGCCAGCGGACAGGGAACUUGGCCUGGCUGGCCAGCGUUGCCAGUGGGCAGGAGAGUGGUGGUCAGCGCACCGGAAUGGCAGCGGAGUCCAACAGCCCUCAGUACAAACCGCUGGUUGAAUACUCACCUCCAUGCUCCACACAGUCCACCCGCAGUGCAACCGCAGUGACCAGCGUCCCGGCUGUGUACACAUCCCCUAUCUCUCAGCAUGGAGGCACCAUCCAGUACACACCCUUACCCCCAAACCUGCACUUCAUUAGCCCCUCUUAUGCUGCACCAUAUACAGGCUACAUCUCUCCACUCGUACACCCUCCUCCACCUUCCACCACCAUCGCCACCUCCCAGAGACACACUGAAGCCUACACCAGCGCCACCAGCUCUCCUUCAUCAAAAUCUGAGCAGCACCACCCCCUGGGCCGCCCUCUCGGCCCGCCUAUGUCGGACAGCACCCUCUCGCCACACUCAGCCCAGUAUGUCCAAAUCUCUGCCCCUAGGACUGCCCCCUCACCCCAUGCCCACCUCCCCCUGCACCUGCACCCUCAGCACACGCUGCCCCUUAGUGGGCCCUCUCAGGUCCUGCUGCAGUACACCGAUGCACCUGCACCCAAGAAGGAAGAGGCCAGGCCCAGAGAGGUGCUGAACGGGGAGCUGGAAAAGGUCCAGCGCUUCAGCUUGUCAGAGGCCAGUGCAGGGAAGCAGAGCAAAGGGUCCUUGUCCAGCCAGCAGCACCAUAUCCACCAGCAGCAGCACUAUGAGGCCCGGCACGUGGUGCUGCCUGCUGAGUAUGCACAGGACAAUAGCUGCGGCUUGCGGUCCUCACUAGUGUUAGUGCCCAACAGUCACAACUCCAGCAGCACUGAUCCAGGGGGCACUUUAGAUAAGCUGCCUCCUCCCCCUACGCCAGAAAAAGGAGGGAUUUGUGCAGGAAAGCCCAUAACUCGUACUCCCUCUAGCUCCUCGUCCAGCACCUCCCAUCCAUUUCCACUCCCACCUUUGCCUGUGGAUGGUCUAAAGGCGGCAGUUACCACAUUAUCCCCUCAUACAGUGAUCCAGACCACACAUAAUGCGACCGAGCCGCUGUCCAUGGGCCUCACUUCCACGAACUUCUAUCCUGCUCAUCAGCCCAUUAUUGGUUACAUUGCAGGCACGGGUCAGCAACAGCCUCUGAGCUACCACACCAGCCUGCCUCAACACCUGGUCAUCCCUGGGGGUCAGCCGGUCAUUAUCCCUGUAAGUAGUGCAGAGGCAACUGCCACAUCCACAGCCACGGCCUUUCCCGCAGCACUGCCCCAUGCAUUUGUCACUUCGACAGCCCCCAAAGGUGAAACAUUCGAAUCCCUGGCUCCCUACCCCCACCCAGCGGGGGCCAUGGUUCAGGCCCAGCUCCACCUGCCCAUGGUCCCGGCCCCUGCCAGCCUGCUGGCCACUCCACCUCCACCUUCAGCCCCAUCGCUGCCCCCUUACUUCACAAAGGGCUCCAUCAUCCAGCUUGCAGAUGGCGAGCUGAAGCGAGUGGAGGACCUGAAGACAGAAGACUUCAUCCAGAGCGCCGAAAUCAGCAGUGAGCUGAAGAUCGAUUCCAGCACUGUAGAGCGCAUUGACAGCAGCCAUACGCCCCACUUUGCCAUCAUCCAGUUUGCAGUGGGAGAGCAUCGUUCACAGGUCAGUGUGGAGGUGCUUGUGGAGUACCCUUUCUUUGUUUUCGGUCAGGGCUGGUCGUCCUGUUGUCCGGACCGGACCACCCAGCUGCUGGAACUGCCCUGCGCCAAACUGUCAGUGGGUGAUGUCUGCAUUUCACUGACUCUCAAAAACCUGAAGAACGGCUCACUUAAGAAGAGUCAGGGGCAGAUCCCGGACGUGGCGGGCCUUGGGCCGCCCCUCAAACCGCCCAAAGCACCCUCGGGUGGGGUGCGAGGUGGAACACGGCACACAGAGCAGGAGAAUGGACUGGGGAAGUGCGGCAGUCAGGGAGGGCCAGGUAAUCAGGCCAGUGCGGAGAACGGAGAACUGAGGUUCGGGGAGAGGGGAGCCUGCAAAGCCUCGCAGUCCUCAGAGGCAGAAUCCAUCAGCAAACCCCCAGGCCGCAAGCGGAGGUGGUCGGCCCCUGAGGGCCGCAAAGUGGAGAAGCCAGAGGAGGAGCCCCCCUUGACUCUUCCCAAGCCUUCUUUCAUCCCUCAGGAGGUUAAAAUCAGCAUUGAAGGCAGAUCAAAUAUUGGCAAGUGAAAAGCCCAUCAGACUGUCAGAUUGGUUUGAAUUGAAUGGAAAAAAAAUUUACCCUCACAAUGUUCUUCUCACUUUUAUUUUGAUCUUUGAAUAUUGUUUUUUUAUAAUUUCAGUUUUGAUUUGUCUAAUUUUGUUUUGUUUAGUUUUUUUGUUUGUUUUUUUAUCCAGAUUACUGUACCUUAGGCUAAAUUAACUCAGUAUAGGCUGAUACCUACCACCUUAUGUGUAGUAAUAACAUUUUAGUAGGUGCAUUGAAUAUAUACAGGCAAUUGGUGCAAUUUUCUUUUUUUUCAUCUGGGCAAAUCUGGGGCAGGUAUAGUGCAAGGUGAGGAGGGUUUAUAUAGGACACCUGAGCACUGCAUGAUGCCCUCCAGGGUACAAAAUAUCUUACAACCUUUUCAGCCCUACAUCUGUCUAACUUUUUUUGUCCUGUCAUAAACAGAGGGGGAUGAUUUGAAGGGCGCCCACUGAAGUAGCACUAAAAGGGAUGCCUUGGCGCAUGUAGUGCAUUAGUCCCAGCUCCAUCCAUAUUUGAGCAUAAGAGAGAGGAUGGAGGUUUGGCGUGGAUGACAUUGCUCAGGGAGGCAGGACGGAAAUCACUCCUUCACUGGCUGCAGGAGAUUACAUGAUGUCAGCCAUCCUGCUCAAGCAGUCUCAUCUGAGAUUUAGGCAUAAACAAAGACAAUCCGAAGCCCGUUGCAAAGAGGGACAUUGUAAGAGAUGUCAGUUCAGCAUAGAUUGUGUUAGCUUUUAUUCUGAGUAAUAGAUGGGCACCCGAAUACUAAGGUACAUACCAGGCCGGGUGCUGUAACACAAUCAGAGUCAGAGAAGUUUAGAAAUGAGACGCAUCAUCAAGCAGUGCCAGUUGCUCCUUAGGAAAAGAGGGAACUAUACUAAUAGACUCAGAGACGGCUUUUAUAUAUUCAACUGUCAAACCGUUUUAUUCUUUUGUAGUUUUGCUUCUUAUUAUUUUCUUAAACCCUCCUAUCUGACCUGAUGGGUAGAUUUUUUUUUUGCAAUGAAUGUGUAAACCUUGAAACCAUGAAAUCAGGGGUCACUUUCAGUCAUGUAGACACAGAAUGGGUUCUUGUCUGUGUAUACGUGUGAGGAUGUGUCUCAAAAGGUUGAGGUAUAUGUAGAGGGGUAAAGAGAUGACUUGUUUGGUGCAAACGUACCAGUUAUUUUUCACUGUAAUGAAAGAAAGCUGGUUAUUUGAGAGAAAGUGAGAGAAAGUCGCUGGAGAGGGGAGGGACAGGUGGUCGAAGCACUUUACGCACCUGUCACACUCACUAGCUGAUAGUUAUUUUAAUCAAUUUAGUCCUUAUUAUUAUUAUUGUUAUUAUUAUUAUUAUUUCCUCAUUAUUAUUAUUUGAUCUCUGAACAUGAACACAGUACUGUACAGUAUGUUGUAUUUGACUGGCGGGGGAGUGUAGCGCUCUGAGGAAAAGUGGGGGGCUUACAGGUGCCCCUCGAUCUGUGAAUAGAAUGAAUGUGAAUAGUGAAGACGGAUGAGAGCAGAAAGCCAAAAGGCAGAGAGAUAGAGAAGCACUUUGCUGCUCUGGUCUGUACAGCUCCUCUUAAAGGAGAAUUCCACCAGUUUUUUUUUAUUUUAUUUAUGCAUAAUUCAAUCAUUGAGUCGUAAGAAGUCAUUCAGAGUGUUUUGAUGUGAAAGGGUUCAUGGUAGAGGAACUUACCGACUCAGAUUUCGUCACAGUGAUGGUGGUUGGAUGUCUACAACAACCUACUCCAGCAACCAAAAUUUAUGUACUAUCCAAAAUAACUAGUGAAUCUACAGAAUUUUAUUUGAAAUACUGAUUAUGAUAAAAUAGACUAUUUUGCCUUACAAAAAUGUCUGUUUAUAUCUUCAUGUCUGUUUGAAAGCAUUAAAAAUAAUGCCACUUAAACCCCCCACCCUCACCGCUGCCCCUGGCAGUGCUGCCCUGCUGGCCACGCUGUACUGCUUCCAGAUUGGGUAGCAAAAUGACUCAAUGUCCCAUGUAGGAUCAAUACAGUACAUACCAAUAGCAUAACCUAAUUUCAAAACUAUCCUAAAACAAUGUUUUUGCAUCAGGUAAUGUAUUCACAAACAUUGAUAACGCUUUCUGUGAUAUAGGUUCUGGAUGUCUAGUUCCCGUCACCACCACUGUGAACAACUCUGCCUAGGUUUUCUAGAACAGAGCAUUUCACAUCAUGACUUUGUUUACAUUUUAAUGCUUUAGUUAUGCAACAACAUUGAAAAAUUGAUGAUGUUCUCCUUUAACAGUGAGCUAGAAAGGCGUCUGAACUCUUCAAUAAAGUGUAGCAUGGGCACGGCCCAUGAAGCAACUGCCAUUGUAAUCAUCGAAAUGAAAGUGUAUGAGUGUGAUCGCAGGCAGGAGUAGGGCUUCAGAGGUAAUGAGACUGUCCAAAUAUGCCAUGAGGAGAGAGAGAGAAAGCGCAUGUGAGAAACUCUGGACACAGAAAUUUUUGUGGGGUUUAAGGGUGUCCUGUACACAUUUGUUUGUAAUGUACGUAUGUGGAUGUGCAUGCACACACACACACACACACACACACGCACAAGCACACAUUUACUUCUCGGUCUUGUGUCUUUAUAUGUCUUUUUUGUACAUUACCAUGUAUAGAAAUGCAUAUACUGUAUCUGAAUCACUGUAUGCAGUCCAUCUCCCAAGACACUGAAGGGGUGGCUUAGUGCAAACAGAUGUGAAAUCACAAAGCAUGUAGUACUUUCAGUGGUCUUGAGUGUGUGUAUGUGUGUGCGUGUAUGUGUGUAUAUGUACAUUCUGUGUGUGUGUGUGUGUGUGUGUGUGUGAGGGAGUGGUGUAUGUGUGUAUGUAUAUAUAAUAUCACACACACACACACAUAUAUAUAUAUAGGUAACACUUUUCUGAAGGGCAGCAUUCAACACUACAAGACCACCUACAUAAGACUUUCAUGACAUCUGAUGUAAACCUAUAUAAAGGCUUAUUCCAACCAAUGUCAUUUGUCAUAACACUUACUGAGGACAAUGAAAUUGACGAACUGUCCUUGGUUGGAAUGUUGGAAUAAGCCUUCAUAAAUGUUUCUGAAGCUUUAUGUCAGGCUUAUGUAAGAUUGAAGUAGCCGUAUGAAUGCUGCCCUUUAGUAAAGUGCUCCCAAAAUAUUUGUCCAGUGUUUCUGUUUAAAGUUCUACUUAAGAGAAUCUUGCAGUUUGCACAUCUGGAGAGGUAGUAACAUGACUUUUUAUUAUUUUGUUUUCAGCUAUGGCUGAAAACCCACUUUACUGAAAUGUAGCAGUUACUUAACAAGUUCGCUCGGCUUGCUGGUCUGACGUGGCCUCCUUUUUUACUCCUUUGCUUACUUAACUCACACACAUUUUCAGACACUUAAGAGGACUGUCUAAUACACAUACACAGAAACGCACUCAAAGCAGGUAGUGAGGAGGAGCCACGGCCUGAAGCCCGCACACUUGUUGAGCUCUCUGAUUGACGGCUUUGUUCAGGUGUAUUUGAAUAGGUGACCUGGCCAGAGUGGGCGAUGGUGAUGAUGAUGGAUGCUUGGAUGUAUGUAUGAAUGGGUGGAUAAUUGGAUGGAUGGAUGCUUGGAUGGCCCAAUGGAUGGUGGUGGGUGGGUGUAUGCACCCCAUAUUCAAUUUGAAAAUGCUUUAUUUUUUUAUAAUAAAACAGGGUUUCUCAGAUCAACAUCACAA